AUGAGUGCAAGUAAUCUUGAAUUACCUAUGGAGAUUCCUGCCCCAGAGACGCAAUUCGUGAAGUUUCUGCAAAAAGUUAAAUCUUUCAAUAAACGAUUUAACACUACACAACUUGAGUUGAACUUUGAGCUGUCAUGUCCUGCAUGGAACACCUGCACGGAUUGGCUAAACAAGGCUUUCAACGAAGUUAUUGGAGCUAUUCAACAAGAAGGAGGUCAAGGUGACAGAGUGAUCCUGGAGAUAUUUCUUGAGGAGAACACGAUCAACAAACCCAUAUUUUUGGGCCUUCGUUCUUUGGCUACUUUAACAGUGGAGGCUAUUUUUUCUGCUUUGGAAAAGGUGCACCAGAGCACAACAGCUUUUAAUGUAGCCAACAUCCUAGGUGCUAGAGCUUAUAUACUCCAUCAAAUGGAAGGACGAGGAAGACACCAUGACCCAACCAGGAUGAAUCUGUCAGAGAUGAGGCGCCCCGUGGAACAUGUUUUUGAGAGCGACAGCAACAGGUCAGCGGUAGCAAAAUUUGUAGAUUACGUACUUACCUUUAGGCCUAUGCCCACUGUUGCUAUCGCUCACAAUGCCAAAGGCUAUGAUGCCCAGUUCAUACUCGAGGAACUGUGUCAGAGGGAAGAGAAGAUCGAACCUGUAUUACAAGGUUGCAAAAUUCUGUUUGCAAAAGUUAAAGGGGUCACAUUUCUAGACUCUCUUUCGUUUAUUCCCUUCCCUCUAUCACAAUUCUCAAAGAGUUUUGGACUGCCCGAAUGUGAUAAGGGAUAUUAUCCAUAUAAAUUCAACACCACGGAAAACCGCUCUUAUAUUGGACCUUAUCCCCCAAUUGAAAUGUACCCAAUCGAAUCCAUGUCCUCCCAGCAAUAUGCCGAAUUUUUAGAAUGGUAUGAGCAAGUCAAAGAACUCCCCUUUGACAACCACAAAGAACUCAUCCAUUACUGCCGUCAGGAUGUUAAAAUUCUGGUAAAAGGAUGCCUCAACUUCAUGUUCUCCUUCAUUAAAACCACAGACCUAAACCCUUUCUUGCAGGCUAUUACCAUAGCUGACGCUGUGAUGAAAGCCUACAGGAAAAAAUACCUUACCCCAAAUACCCUUGCCAUUACUCCCAAAAACAAUUAUAAUUCCAAUUUCCUUCAAAUGCAGAGCAAAAUUUCUUUGAAAUGGCUUGUGUAUAUGAAGGAAACUUCCCAUUCUAACAUAAAGUAUGAGGUCAAACUGCGCGGCUCUCGAUAUAUUGCUGAUGGAUAUGAUGAGGCCUCUAACACUGUGUAUAGUUUUGAGGGCUGUUUCUUCCAUGGGCAUACAUGCUUUUUAAAUAGAGGGCAUGCAUUCUCGAAGAAACCCAAUGAUAACAUGCAGAGUCGUUAUGAGAGCACUCUAAAACGAUUGGAUCACAUUCGUCAAUUGGGGUAUAAUCUUAUUUCAAUAUGGGAGUGUGAAUUCCGUCGGAUGUUGGAUGCAGACCCUGUGCUUGCGGAGAGAUUGAACAAUCACCCUGAAGUAGUAGACUCAGGGUUUGAUUUGCGAUCAGCGGUUUACGGGGGCCGAACUGAAGUUUUCCGCACAUACUACAAAUGUCGCCCCGGAGAUAAAAUUUAUUACUAUGACUUCACGUCACUCUACCCGUGGGCGAACAAAUAUUCGAAGUAUUUCGUCGGGCACCCUCAAAUUCUCAAAGACAUCCCAAGUCAGGAGGAUGUAUUGAAGCAUGACGGUGUGGUGAAAUGUACUAUUCUCCCACCAAAAGGCCUUUACAUCCCCUGUCUUCCCUUUAGGUGCAAUAACCGACUCUUCUUUCCUCUCUGUCGAAAAUGUGCGGAAGAUCUUAGUACUGAUCGAUGUCUACAUUCAGAUGAUGAAAGAUCCCUCACAGGAAUAUGGUCCAUUGAUGAAGUCCGUCUCGCUGUUGAUCAUGGGUACGUGAUCACAAAAUGCUUUGAAGUUUGGGCAUACAGAACUUCACAAUACAAUCGCGAGACGGGUGAACGUGGACUUUUUGCCGAUUACGUUGAUAAUUUUCUCAAAAUUAAACAGGAGGCUAGUGGAUGGCCCUCGGGAGUUGAAUCUGAUUCCGAUAAAGAUAAUUAUAUCCGUGAAUUCUUUGAAAAUGAGGGGAUACAUCUUGAUAAAGAAAACAUCCGUGUUAACAAAGGUAUGCGUUCACUUGCAAAAAUAAUGUUAAACAGUUUGUGGGGCAGAUUCAUAAUGCGGGAGAAUUUUACGAAAACUACAAUUUGCAAUUCUCCUGAGGAAUUGAAUGAACUUCUUUCAUCAGAAGCUAUUGAAAUUGUACAAUUCCAUCCCGCAAGUGACAACCAAUUUAUUGUUUCAUGGAAGCACAUUCAUGAUUCUGAGCCUCCAUCGAAAUACGUAAAUAUGGGUGUCGGAAUCUGCACUACAACCAAUGCAAGGAUCAGGCUGUAUUCUAUCUUAUCAAAGAUAGGACAAAAUGUCUUUUAUUGUGACACGGAUUCAGUCAUCUACGUAGUACCUGCAGGGGAAGAGAAUCCUCUUUCUACUGGCAAAUUUUUGGGAGAAUUAACUGAUGAAUUGGCUGAUUUCGGUGAGGGAGCCUUCAUCGAAGAAUUU